AUGGCCCUGGACGACAACUUCGACUUCCAGUUCAAGGUCAUUCUCAUCGGGGACUUCACCGUGGGUAAGACGUGCGUGGUGCACCACUUCGCCUCCGGGGUCUGCAGGGAGGCACAGCAGAGCACCAUUGGCGUGGACUUCAUCUUGCGUUCCCUGGACAUCGACGGCAAGAAAGUGAAGAUGCAGGUGUGGGACACCGCAGUCCAGGAGAGCUACCGGGCCAUCACUCGGAGCUACUACCGCAGGGUGGACGCGGCCAUCAUCGCCUACGACAUCACGCUUCGCUCCACCUUCGGGUCUGUUCCAUACUGGAUUGACGAGGUGAAGAUGUACAGAGACACCGACACGGUCAUCAUGCUGAUAGGGACCAAGUCUGACCUGUGGGAGAAGCGGCAGGUGCUGUUCGAGGAAGCCUUAGCGCUGGCGGAGAAUUUCAGCCUCCUGGCGGCGCUCGAGACCUCGGCCAAGGAGUCCAGGAACAUCAACGAGGCCUUCGAGCUCAUGGCCAGGGUGCUGAUCGCCAGCAACAGCCUGUCCGCCCUGAGCAGCGUCCCCAACUCCACGGCCAUCGUGCUGGCCCCCCGCUCCCAGGGCUCCCAGGAGCUCCUGUACAGCACCGCGCACGACCCCCUUCCGCACAACAUGGACCCCCGCCACACCCCACCCCGGCACAGGGCCACAAUGAAGGCUGAGAUGCCUCCAGGACCAGAUUUUGGGGACAACGCUGACCCCAGAGCUUGUUUCAGGAUCCCCUAG